AUGGAGCGGGCUCUCAACCUGCCCACUGAUGAGGACAUAUUCCACAAGAGUUACAGCGCGUCGGCCAAGAGGAUGGAGUCCGCCUUUCGCUCGCCGCCGGGGCUCGAGCUGGUCGCCCACCAGGCGCCGCCGCCGCGCGAGCCCCGCCAGGCGCCGCCGUCUCCCCUCGGCUGCUACGAGCCGGGCGACUCCGAGGUGCUGCUGAGGGAAGGCGCGGGGGCCGGCGCGCUGGUGGCCGGCGACCCUCUGGGCGGCUCGGUGUGCGUCAAGUACGGGCCGGGCCCGACGACGAGCCGCAGCUCGGUGGCCGAGAGCAGCGGCGGCGAGCAGAGCCCCGACGACGACAGCGACGGGCGCUGCGAGCUGCUGCUGCGGGGCCCCGGCGGAGGCAGCGGCGCCGGGGUGGUGGUGGGCGCGGGGGGCGCCCUGCUGAAGGCGCCCGAGGGCGGCGCCUGCUCCAACAGCCACCACGGCCCGGGCGGCGGCGGCGGCAAGAAGUCCAAGGAGCAGAAGGCGCUGCGCCUCAACAUCAACGCCCGCGAGCGGCGGCGCAUGCACGACCUGAACGACGCGCUCGACGAGCUGCGGGCCGUCAUCCCGUACGCGCACAGCCCCUCGGUGAGGAAGCUCUCCAAGAUCGCCACGCUGCUGCUGGCCAAGAACUACAUCCUCAUGCAGGCGCAGGCCCUCGACGAGAUGCGCCGCCUCGUCGCCUAUCUCAACCAGGGCCAGGCCAUCUCGGCCGCUUCGCUGCCCAGCUCGGCGGCGGCUGCGGCGGCUGCGGCGGCCGCCUUGCACCCAGCGCUCGGGGCCUACGAGCAGGCGGCGGCGGGCUACCCUUUCAGCGCCGGCCUGCCGCCCGCCACCUCGUGCCCGGAGAAAUGUGCCCUUUUCAACAGCGUCUCGUCCAGUCUCUGCAAACAGUGCACGGAGAAGCCUUAA